UGAGAUCAGUUAAUUUUGACAUUUUGUUUCUUUAAAUCAUUAGCCUUUGUUUUUGUUUUUUUCUUCAUUUUAUCACCUUUCCGUGUAUAGAAUAGGCUGCGAACUGACUGAAUUUUAAGUAGCUUCAAAAGUCCGAUUUCUGUUUUAAAUGUUAACAAUUUGAAUUGUGGCAUCUGAUUGAUACGAUAUUUUUCAUCAAAUCAUAGACGUAAAUAUCAAUUGUUGGAUGGAAGAGUAAAAUCUUUAUUGAAAUUAUCAUUCAUUUUCCGAUUGUGUCUUCCAAAUUUUCACAUCUAAAUUAUUCCAGAAAACCCCUUAAGGAUUAUCAAAGGGUUGAUGAUAAACUGUUAAUCUAUUAAUCUAUUGACCAAUUAUGCCAGUGUUCACAAUUUCAAAAUCGCGUGAUGACCAACAGAUCGUCUCUUUUCAAAUGGAAAUAUGAGAAAUUAGUUGAUCAAGAGAUUGACCAACAACACCAAGAAAACUUGAACUUUCUUGGUAAUAAAUGCGAUGACAAUAAUGACCUUUCACAUGGACAAAAGUUACUACAAUCUCAGCGACAAAUAUCCACAAAUAACCAGGAGACAAUUAUACCAGAUCUAGAAUUUAGUAACGAUUAUUAUGAACUCAAAAAGCGAUCUCAAAAAGAAAGACAAUCAAACAAAAAGCCUGACCAUCAUCAUUACAUUUUCCAUAGGAUUGAAAAAGGUGAUACCCUUCAAGGAAUCGCUCUUAAAUGGUAUUGUUCAUUACAUGAGCUUAAACGGGUUAACAAUUUAGUUUCUGAUCAAGAUUUUCAUGCACUUGCUGUCAUUAAAAUACCUGUUAAAAAGUAUGGAAUCCUCAGUGAGGUGAUGGUUCACCAAGUGAACAGUUCAAAUUUAACCUUGAUCGAUGAAACACCAGAAGAAUUGACAAACAAACCGUUGAUAAUUAACGUUGGUUUACGACAGACUUUUCUUAAUGAUGACAAUUCUCAAGAUAUGAACAAAUUUCUGACUAAUUUAGAUGUUGAUCUUGCUAAAAUGAGAAAAGUGGCCGACAAUUAUGUUCAAAGUGACCAAAAUUUACCCUCUUCUAUUGGCAGUAUCAAUGAUACUAAUGAUACACAUUCAUCAGCAUUAACCCAUCAAAUCAACACUUCCAAACCUAAAUCAACUUCUAAUUAUAAUUGUGAUGGAGCUGAUUGUGGAUUAAGUUGGUACAGUUUACUUCUUGUCGCUUUAUUCAUUCUCAUUUUCGUUCCUGUGAUAUAUGCAUUUGCCUCCGACAAAAGCCAUCACUUUUUACACUCAUGAUUUGGACAAUUUAGAUCAUCUCAUCAUCGAAACCAAAAUUUCAAUCAUUUCUCUUGCCAACUUCAUCCAUCCAAUGUUAUCUAUUCCAAUCCCCAUGUAAAAUUUGACACCAACAAUCAAAGUUGAUUAGUUUAAGGUUUAUAAUUAAAAGAAAUGUAAAUUUACAA